AUGAUGUCAUUGUGUGAUCAACAUCAACUUCGUAUGUUCAGAAAGGAAAAUCGUAUUUUUAGAGAUCGUGUUUUUUUACAAUCUAACACGAGUAUAUUUUUAUUUGAAGAUGGACAUGGAAAUGUUGUUGAUGAGAAUGGAGGUCCUGAGCCGAUGAAGUAUAUCGUUGAUCAGGAUGGAGUUGUCGGUGAGACGAUUGCGACUCAUACUGAAUACUUGAAAAGUGCAACAUCUAGUGAGACUUCCCCGACUUGCCCAAUGUUGAUGGAAAAGCCAAAAGAUGAAGACGUUCAUAUGAAGGAUCCAAACAUAAAGCGUGAUUAUAUUGAAAAGUGUGUGAGUGCAUCAGCUACAGCGAAGCAGUUGGGCAUUCACAUUCGAACUGCUCAGAGACGGGUUAAGCAGUACAAUAUGCGUCCCGAUAGUAUCUUUGAUGUUUCUAAGCAAGUUGGUCGUAAAUGUGUCUUGAAUGAUGAACAUAAAAAGAUUGUUGCCAAGUUCAUUGAUGCUAAUCUUUCUACUGCUGUUGUUGAAGCGACUGAACAUUUGUUGAAUCGAUUUAAGGGUCUUAAAGUUUUAUGUAACACGGUUCAUAAGUUCAUGAAAAGUGAAUGUAAUCUUUCUUUGAAGAAAUCUGACUUCCCUUCUAUCAAAAGAAACAGCCCAGCAAAGAUUGAAGAGAGGCAUGAUUGGGAUUGUAAAUGGGAAAAUACUGUAUACAAAGAUCCCAAGAAAUCUUAUGAGCAGCUCAAGCCUCUUUUGCCAUCUUACGUGAAUAUUGUAUGCUAG